GCCGCGGGGUGCCAAAGAGCGCGUGGCGGCCAUGAAAGCAGCGCCGCCGUCGGGGUUCUAGCGCUGAAGGGACGGGUGGCGGCGCUCAUGGGGCCGAAGCUGAUUCAGGUCCUCCAUGUGCUCAAGGACCAGGGCUUGAUUCUUGCUGGGCUGUUGGGCCUCUCCGCCUUCUUCUCUAUGGCCGAGACCGCCAUCACUACUCUCUGGCCUUGGAAGGUUCGCGAGUUAGCUGAAAAAGAGCCCGAGAAUGGUGUCUUUCGAAUGCUUAGUAAUGACGUGACUCGGUUCCUGACCACCAUUCUUAUUGGCACGACUGUUGUCAACAUUGCUGCAACCGCACUUGUCACAGAAGCAGCCACUGCAAUUUUUGGCGAAGCUGGAGUUAGUGCAGCUACAGGAGUUAUGACUGUUGCUGUUCUGUUGCUUACAGAAAUCACACCAAAAAGCAUAGCUGUUCACAAUGCCACUGAAGUUGCUCGAAUUGUUGCACGGCCAGUUGCAUGGCUUUCCUUAAUCUUAUAUCCUGUUGGCCGUGUUGUCACUUUUCUUUCGAUGGGAAUGCUGAAGAUGCUUGGUCUAAAAGGCAGAAGUGAACCGUAUGUUACUGAGGAAGAACUGAAGUUGAUGUUGCGUGGAGCUGAAUUGAGUGGGGCAAUAGAAGAAGAAGAGCAGGACAUGAUUGAAAAUGUGCUGGAGAUAAAAGACACCCAUGUCAGGGAAGUCAUGACCCCUCUGGUAGAUGUAGUUGCUAUUGGUGCCAGCGCAACUCUUAUUGACUUCCAGAAGUCAUGGGAAACUCAUCAGUACUCGAGAGUACCUGUGUUUGAGGAACGUGUUGAUAACAUCAUGGGAAUCGCUUAUGCAAUGGACAUGCUUGAACACGUUGGAAAGGUUGAGAAGCUUAAAGAAGCUACCGUGAAAGAAAUUGCUCAUCCCACAUACUUCGUGCCUGAUUCAAUGUCUGUGUGGAACCUGCUGAGAGAAUUCCGCAUAAGGAAGGUUCACAUGGCUGUCGUUCUUAAUGAAUAUGGUGGAACUGUUGGAAUUGUGACUUUGGAAGAUGUUGUUGAAGAAAUUGUUGGCGAAAUUUUUGAUGAAAAUGAUUCGAAGGAGGAGAUCCAGAAGAAAACUGGAUAUAUUAUUAUGCAAGAAGAUGGAACAUUUGAUGUGGAUGCAAAUACGUCAAUAGACCAACUUUCUGAAGAACUGGAUGUCAAAAUACCGGAGGGUCAUCAGUAUGAAACUGUAUCUGGUUUCAUCUGUGAGACAUUUGGAUACAUACCAGAAGAAGGUGCUAAGAUGGUCGUGCUACUUGAAAGGGAAAAUCAGGAAGAGAAUAAUGAGUAUGCGGGCACAGAAUCUGACAACCAUGAUGAGAAGGAAAAGCAUCAAACUUUUGAACUUGAGAUAUUGGAAGCUAAUGAGAGGAAAGUUGGCAAAGUUCGAUUCAAGCCAAUAAACAAUGGAAAUCCUCAAUUGGAGGCCAAAGGCCUGAGCCGUUUGCUCUCCGCAAAAGUUGUGAAGAGGAAGAAACAUGCAGAAACAGAUCCAGAUAGCAAGAGCACCGUGCCCAUCGAAGAAACAGUUGAAGAGGACAGGCACUCAGAUCGACUCUCGAUAUUGGAAAAGUCCAACUGUAAUGCUACAAUUGAGAAAGAUGAUUAUGCAAGUAGUAGUCAACAGUAAAUAUAACAAGCUUCCAGCUUUUCUUUCCAUGUCCAUUCUUUCUUACUGCACUAAUAAGAGAAGAUUUAGCGAACACUGUAAAACGGGAUUCAGAGAUGCUGGGGGGCGACCAUGGGCAGCAUGUAGAAUUUGUUUCACAGGUGAAGUGAUGCGGUGUCCUUCAUACCAUAGGAUACCUUUGUAGAGCGAGGUUUCACAGUUCUGGAAAUCAAUGGAGCUGGAAACAUUUUGGUGUGCGGUAUGGUAUAGGGAUGACAAUGAAUUGAUGUAGAGUAUAGGGUUCGGAUGAGAGAACCCCUUUUUUGUGUUGCUGCUUGCAGCGGUUUCUUGGACUUAAAUGUGGACGUUCCCCUUAGCAGUAUGUUCUUUUGAUUCAUUGUAGCUGCUUAAACUGCUCUUGCAAGAGAGCAACCAAGAAUGGAUGAGAGGAUGAUCGUCAGUUUUACUACUGUUCUUGUGUUUUCCCAUAGCUAUGGGUCCGAAACCGAACUGAAUGUAGACGAUGGCUUUUUGUUUAGCAUGUGGCGUUUUCUGUGGUCCCACGUGCAAGAGAUAUACUUUUUGAUUGGGGUU